UAUAUACACAAUCAAUGUGAAGGUCAACCUCUUUGGAAGGUGUGCCGUUCCUGUUUUCCUCAGGACUCACUGCUCUCUGUUGUCUGACACUAGACCCAAUUCACACAUUUAUAUUUUCUACCUGUUCCCUCUAAGCAUUUGCAUUUUUAACUGUGCAUACAGAACGUAUUUUAAUCUUUUUUCUGUUCGCAGUUGUGGUUUCCAGUCUAGUCAGGGAGCUAACACAGCGGAACUGUUGACUAGCAGAGCCCGGAAUGGUGUGAAUAAAGCCCUGUGGCCCAGCAGUGAGGGAGGGUCCAGCAUUUGCCCUCAGCUUUGAUUGGGGUGUGGUGCGGCUUCUUUCUUCUUGAACUGUAGAGUCCUGGUCUGUAACAUGCAGAGUUAAUUGCGACAUUAGAAACAAAACACACAAAGCAUAGAUUACAGUGCCCGACACCUCAUAGGAACUCAACAUGUGGAAACUCAUUAUCACUGUGGUUAUUAUUUUCUGAUGAUGAUUUUUAUCAGCGUAACUUAUGUCAAUGGACAGGAGUGAUAGCUAAACAGCUUUGGAAUCACCUAAUGCAGAAAUGCUUAUAUUCAUAAACUUCCAGGGCUCCUAAGCAGGGUGUUUCUUGUAUCCAAAUACAAUAGACGUGGAAUUCUAAAGCCCCAAUUAAGUGGAAAAGGUCGCUUGAGAGGUAACAAUAGGCCAGAACCAAGCAACAACAAAAAAGCUACUUAGUUUGGCAACCUUUGUUAAGAAGAAUCCUUCAAAAAAGCCCCCCUCGGAAUCCUAUGAAUGGGGCCUGAACCAGCCUCUAUCCUCUGCCUGUCACACACAGGGUUAAUUGAAUACUUGGGUUGGCGGUGGGCCCCCCUUUUGUGGCAGUCACUGGUCACAAAACAAAAACCAAUUGCUAGGUUCAGAAAAGGCUUUCCAGCUUACACUCUGUGCUAAAAUAAGCCCUCCAAUUCUUCUUCCUGCUUGGCCAGGAGGAGGUGAGGAGAAAAUUAAAUCUUUCAAAUACACAGAGUUUGCUGGAAAAGGUGAAAGUUUCAUUGCAAAUUCCUGAUGGAAUGCGGACUCUCGGUGGCAGCUUUGCUCCCUUUGUCUUCUGUGCUGUGGGUGCAUGGCGGGCUUCUGCAGCAGCGCGGGUGGGGGAUGGGAAUGUGUCCAACUGAAACCCCAGCCCCCCACCUCCCUGUCCCUUAGUCCCCCAGUCUCCCCACCCACCCUCGUCCUCACCCCAAAAUAUUAGUCUGCACGCAGUAAUUAAAUCUUGAGGACCUGGAGAUUUUGGAUUCCAGUGGAGGAAUGCAGCGCUGAACGCUGGUCCCCGAGUCUGCACCCUUGCGCUGGGAGAUGUCUUUAGUCACACAUGGUUUCCCAGGUAAACACGCUUGAAAACAGUUCCAGGCGGGAAGUGAAUGAACACCUUACCCUUGCUUGUCAUGAGCCAGUUUGUUUAAUUACACAAGCAUAAAAUUAUAACACUGGAAAAUAUAAAAUUGGAGCUAAAAAUGGAGAGUUCACCUAGCUUUUGCAAGCCCUUCACAUGAUAUCUUUCCUAAAUAGGAUGUUUUCUUGGCCACUAAACAUGUUUAUUUUCUAUAAUAGACAAACGGGCAUAGUGAAAGAUAAGGGCUCUUGUGAUCUAACAACUGCGCUGCAAGGAUAUUAUGUGUUCUUAGCCAAAUUGUUUAAUUUCUUUGGGCCUCAGCUUCCUUCCUGAAAAAUGUGUAUGCCUAUCUGAGGAUUUAAUCUGGGGAUUAAAUCUGAAUUUUUUGUGGUUUAAUUUUUCUAAAUAGGCCAAAAUUCAGAUGAAAUUCAAUUGCUCUAAUUAAUAUAUUUGAUUAUUUAUUCAAUAAAAUAAUGGUAAUAGGCACUUUUUGAACAUGUAGGUGUGCAAAGCACUGUUCUAAUUCACCUGCACAUGGCAUUGUUUGAAUUCUCAGAGUGUUUUUGUACUUGGACACUUUUAUUAUUCUCAGUAGACAGACAGUGACACACCGGGCAAGUGAGGUUAAGCAGCAGGCCCAAGACCACAGAGUUAGCAAGAGACGGAGCCCAGAUUCAAAGUGAGUUCUGCUGACUCCCAAGCUUAUGCAUUGAGCAAGACCCUAUCCGUUCUCAGUCUGUGCAUGAUACUUCAUAUAGAGGAAAUGUUCGAAUGCUCACUCCAUUUUUGUGUCCUUUUCUCAUUUCUCCUGGCUCUGUGUUUGGUUGGAGAUCUACCUGGGAAUGUUAUACCCUCACGGAGGUUCUGGAUGGACAGUCGGUUAACAAACAGGAGAAAGAGCAAAUGAGAGGAAGUUGCACUUUUUCAGGUGUCAGGCUGGAGGAAGCCACUUGAAGAUGAGUCUACCUCUGCCUUAGGAUUGCCUGAUGGCCUGUGCCAUUCCAUGUUAUGUCUACUGAUUUGCUCCCUGUAUUCAAUGAUUUUUUUUUUUUUUUUUUUUUUUACUUAAUUCUCUCUUACUGACCCUGAGAGUGACCAUAUUUUUAACCAAUUUGGUCUUCAGCCUCAAAACUUAGCUCUUUCCUUUUGUGGUCCCUGAAUCAUAUCAUGUGUCAUGGUGGCUGUGAAGAUGUUUGCCAAGCCUGCUGAGAAGGCUCAUCUGUGGCAUCCAAAAGCAGAGAUUUCAACUCUGGACCCCUGUGACCUGCCUUUGGAAUUAUGGAUACCCAGCACUGUUUUGAAAUAUCAGUGGACAUCCAGUUUUUAAAAGCCCUCAGAGCUUUAGGAGACACCCCUUUAUCUCUCUGGCAUGUCAGAGAACCGAUUCAACCCUUCUCAUCUCCUCCUCCUUCCCUCUCUUGGGCCAUCAGGAUGCAGCAGCAACUCACUGUGCAUGUUUUUACAGCUCUUCUCCGGUAAUGCUGCCAUUUCCACUGCAGACCACAGGAUAAAAGGACUGCUUCACAGUGGCCCAGGAUAACCUUUUAAGUAGGAGGUAACUAUUCAGUUUCUUAGUGGCCCAUACAUAAACUUGAUUAUGUUCUUCGUUGCUCCAAUACACUAUUUGUUUGUUUUGUUUUUUCCAGAGGGAGAAGAAAGUACUGCUUUGAUCUAAAAUUAAGCAAACGUUCUUCAAUAAACCCACCAUGAGACUUGACCACUAAUGGUGACCAGCAGUGGCUUUGUCAUGGCCCUGCCCACUGGGGGCAGGCACAUGCCAGGGCCAGGGUAGGCUGCCAGCUGGUGAGCACGAAUAGGUGGCUGGUGGAGCGCAUGCAGUGGGAAGGGCAGAUGGCUCCAUUUUGAUUUGUUAGCAAGCCGCUUCCUCAGAAGGGGCUUUCCCUUCAGUGGAGUCUGCACCCCCAGCCUCAGCUGUCUUGGAGCAGAUGUGUAUAGUUAGAGAUGGGGACCUUUUCACUGUAAAUACUGCUCACAUGUUCUUAGGCUGACUUUACUAUGUGCAGAGCCUCUUCUCAAAUAUCCAAAUCCCCUCUGUUGGGUACUACAGAACAGAUGUUACCCUGCCUCCUAUUACAUUAAUUUACGAACUUUACAUAUGCUGAGUUACGGACCCUAAGCGGUUGCAUGUGCUUGGCUCUUAUGUUCCAAAAAGUACAUUUGUAUGGUUUUGUGGAAACUGUGCUGUUCUGCUUUUGCAGUCUGUGAGAUUCUGAUUUUUUUUUUCUCAUCAGCAAUUAUCCUUGUCUUGGAACAUCAGAGCUUGAAGAAAGGGAUUCUAGCAGCCUACCUCUCUCCUUCCUAAUCCAGACGGUUAGAGGCUUAGAGAGAGGUGGUGGUUGCUCUGAGUUUACCAGAUUCAGUGACAAACCCCUUCUAAUUUCUAAUCAAUCUGGCAGCCUUCAUUUACCAAAAGUUGACUUUUGAUAGUAUAACUUUUAUACACUGUGAGACAACAGAUUUUAAAAAAGAGUUUAGAAAUGUUUAAUUUUUUUUUGAAAGACUUUUUAAGGUCAGGCACCAUGGGUCAUGCCUAUCAUCUCAACACUUUGAGGACCGAAGUGGGAGGAUCAUUUGAGGCCAAGAUUUCAAGAUCAGCUUGGGCAACAUAGUGAGACUCUGUCUCUAAAAAAUUUAAAAAAAUAGGCAGGUGUGGUGGCGCCUGCCUGUAGUCCCAGCUACUUCGGAGGCUGAAGUGGGAGGAUCCAUUGAGCCUAGGAGAUGGCGAUUGAGUAAGCUAUGAUUGCACCACUGCACUCCAGCCUGGAUGACAGAGAUGUCAGAAAAAAAUUAGUUUUAUUAUUAUUAGUUUAUAAUAAUAUUAUUUUAAUAUUAAUAUUAUUUAAUAAUUUAAUAUUGUUUAUUAUUAUUAGUUUUAUUAUUAGCAAAACUGAGUGGAAGGUACAGAGAUUUUCCAUAUUCUUCCUGCCCCUCCAACAAACAUGUCUCCUUCAUUAUCAACAUUUCUUCCCAGAGUGGUACACUUUUUAUAAUUGAUGAUCCUACACUGACACAUCAUCAUCACAAUGAGUUCAUAGUUGACACCAGGGUUCACUCUUGGUGUUGUACAUUCCAGGCAUUUGGAAAAAUGUAUAAUGACAUGACUCCACCAUUUUAGUAUCAUACAGACGAGUUUCACUGCCCUAAAAUCCUCUGUGCUCCACUGAUACUCCUUCAUCCUGUUGCUCCCUCAGCCCCUGGCAACCACUGAUCUUUUUACUGUCUCCAUAGUUUGGUCUUAUUUAAUAUUUUUUGAGGUUGCACUGUUGCCCCAAGACAUCGUAUGAGUAGAGGGUUAACCACCUUAGCCAAGAGUAAUUUGGUCUGGUGAGGUCUCCACCUUCAGGACAAAAGCAUUUUAGAACCAUCCUAACAAUAGUGUUCCCAUAAGUAACCAGACACUGUUUGUAUCCAUAGCAACAUGGCUCCAUGAGCCCUGCUUCCGAGGAGCAGCUGCCCUUCCUGGGCACUGUCAAGAGUUGUUCUUCUCUGACAUCCACACCCUUCUUUACCUGGCACAUACCCCAGCCCAGGCACCAGGCAUCCAGGGCCUUCUGUGGCUGUCCGGAUGCAUUCCUUCACAGCUGGAAUGUGGUUGGCUUGUUGACUUCUAUUCCCAGCAUAGUGAACAGUGGGCACUAUAAGCCAGUAGCCACUCAACUGGUGAUUCUUCAAUGACAUAAUUGAUGCCACUUUUAGGUCAGUCUUUCUUGUACGUUACACCUUCUGUUGUUCAACAGAGCCCCACAAUAUCCCAGAACUUUGAGGUCUUAUCUCGGGGUUUCUCAGAUGUUGGAGUACCCAGGUAUCACCUGCUGAGCCAGUUUCCCUGGCCUCACCUGCAGGGGUUCUGAGUCAGUAAAUCUGGGGCAGGCCCAGUACUUUGCAUGUGAGCACAGACCCAGGUGUUUCUGAACCUGGUGGUCCAGGGACUGCUGCAGGAAGGAGCCAAUAGGACUGCAUGCCUUAGGGGCAGUGGGUCUCAUCCAUCCCUAUCUAUGGCAGUGACUACAGGCCAUGUCCAGGCCACAUGGGCACAUGCUAUUGUAAUUAUUUUGUGGGAUGGAUGAGUUACAGAACUGGAGCCCUAAGACCCGAGUUCUAGUUUCAGCUCUGCCAGUUGCUGGCUGAUUGAAACUGAACAAGCCACCUGCCUUCCCUGAGACUGUCUCUUCUCCUGUGAAAUUAGGGCAUUAGAAUACAUGAAGACACCUUUAUGUCCUUAAUAACCUGUAAGUUUAAGAACCUAGGGAAUCUCCAUGCUGGUGGCUGCGGUUUUUUCCCCUUAUCCUCAAUUUGUGAAGAAAGAGUCAAAAAUGGCAGCAGGGUUGUGUCAACUGCUCUCCUCAGCAGCUAUCAUAAGGGAAUUGCCUUUGUCAUUUUCCCCAGCCACCACCACACUCCCACACGGCCACCAUCACCUAAACCAUCUGGCAGUGGGGGUUACCUCCUAAAUCUGAGAUGCAGAGCCCCACCGCAGGCCUUUCUUUCUGGCUGCCCUCCACUCCCACCCAGAGGCUCAGUUUUGCUGGGCUGCACACCUCCGAGGACUCAGUUCUUUGUGUUUCAUGUUGUUUCAUAUCCACUAGUGUUACAGAAACUGCUGCAAACCAGGGACCAAAAGUCCAUAGGUUCUAAUUCUAGCUGUGACACUAGUGAGAUGAAUGACUGCUGGCAAGUUACUUUAUCUAUCUGACCUCACCUCCCAUGUACAAAAUUGGGUCUGUAUGCACAUUUGUGGUUCUAAAUCCUGGAGUCCAAAUCAGAGUUCUUUGUGCAAAAUAUAUGUAGCUAGGUCCUAACCUCGGAGAUCCUGACUCAGUCUGGGGAAAAGCGCAGAUCUUGGGGAGAAAACAACUCUCUAGAAGAGUCUCGCCUUCAGUGAGUGACAAGAUCUCUCCUGUCUCUCGGUUCACAAUGUUACCCUAACUAAUCCAUCCUCUGAUGUCACCUGCUAACAACUUCCGCUGUGGCAUCAAACCAGUAGCCCAUUUGCAGCUAGUACAAACACUUCUUUACAUUUAAGUUUUGUUUACGAGAUUUAGCCUACAAUCAUAGAGGCUGCCAGCUGGGUUUCAAAUGUGUAUGUUCCAUUGCUAAUAGGAAAAACUGCAUCUAUUACAAAAAUUCUCUCUGGGAGCUGAGCACAGAGGCAGGCCUUGUAUUGCAAACAUUUGAAUAGCCAUAAGCAGGUAUUCUGGACUGUGUUUUAAAUCACCUUAGAACAUUUCUUGAACACUAGUAUUUGCUUAGAGUGACAAACCUAUUAAGUGGUUCUUUCAGUUAAGUUUGCAUCCAAGCAAUGUCGUCUGAAUCGCAGGAGGAAGCCAGGAGUUGUGUCUGGCUUUCUGGCCAUACAAAUGGCAUACGGGAAAGUCAUUGUAUAUUAUUAAUAUCCUUUGAUGUAUAUUAUUAUGACUUUCUCAUGGUAGUAAUGUUGUUGGUUUUUAUUAAUGUUAUUUUUAUAGCAAUGCUAAUAGUAUGAGCUAAAAGUUUCUGAGCAUCUACUGGGUGCCAAAAAUUCUUAUAAAUGCUUUACAUGCAUUAGCUCCUAACAACACUUUGAAGUAAUUCUUAUUGUCCUUACUUGACAUAUACAGGAAUAAAAACCUGACCAUUAGACCGAGCGUGGUGGCUCACGCCUGUAAUCCCAACACUUUGGGAGGCCGAGGCAGGCGGAUCACCUGAGGUCAGGAGUUUGAGACCAGCCUGGCCACCAUGGUGAGACCCCGUCUCUACUAAAAACACACAAAAAAUUAGCCGGGCAUGGUGGUGGGCACCUGUAAUCUCAGCUACCCGGGAGGCUAAUGCAGGAGAAUCGCUUGAACCCAGGAGGCAGAGGUUGCAGUGAGCCAAGAUCACGCCAUUGCACUGCAGCCUGGGCAACAAGAGCAAAACUCUUUCAAACAAACAAACAAAACCUAAGCAUUUGAGGAGUUUGGCCUGGGCGGUGGAGCUUGUGAGCUAUAUGAGCUGGAAUCUGAGUCAAGGCUGGGCUGGUGGAAGGAGUUCACUCAAGCUCCCAAGGUAUUCUGUCCUCCAGGACUCUGAAUCACCUGGGAGGAGAAGGAAUUGUGGCAGGCCAAACACCUUUUCUUUCCCAAACACCAAGAGCAGGUUCUUUCUGUUACAUCCAUUGAGGUCACAUUCUUGAAGUGCAUUUUGAGGAGGUCAUUAUUUUGGCUACAGCAGGGACGGAUGUAUCAGUCUAUUAGAAUUCAGAAAAAAGUAAGCAAACAAAAAAGGUGUUGGAAUUAUUCUCUUCUAGCAUUUUAAAAUGUACAAUUGGUUAAUGUUAACUAUAGCCGCCAUGAUGUAUUGAAGACCAGGUCUUACUCUUUUUAUCUAACUGUACAUUUGUACCCAUUAACCUAAUGCUCACAGCAUCAAGAAAAGAUCAAUAUUUAAGGUGACAAAUAUCCCAAUUACGCUGAUUUGAUUAUAUGAAUGUGUUGAAUUAUCAUAUAUACUCCCAAAAUAUGCACAUCUAAGAUGUAUCAAUAAAAAUAAAGACAAAAAUUAAAGCUUUUACAGUAGAAAAAAAGUUUUAGAGAAAUUAUGAUUACUUGAUUCACCUAAACUGACAGUCUUGCUUGGAAUGAAUUACUGCUUUUUGUAACAUAGUUUUAGAAGAGAGAUUCACAUUUAAUGUUACUUUGUGCUAAGCACAGUAAUCCAUGCCUGGGUGCUCACAGCGCUCCUCUGGGACCAGGCAUCACCAUCUCCUCUGUAAAAGGAAGGUCAGCCUGUUGCCAAGGCCACAGGAUAAACGGCUUAGCUGAUUUAGGAAACCCAGUUGGUCUUAUGACAAAACAUGUGCAUUUGCCCUUCACCAGGUGAUUUUUCUGUAGGAUUAUCUUCAACAGUCCGACAAAGCUGUGUUCCACCAGCUCAGGCAGGCUGUGACCAGGAUCACCAGCCAUGUGGCAUCAGGAAGAAGGGGCUGUGUGGCCAGGCUCAAUCUCUGGUCCUGCAGGCUUCUGCCUUUGGCUUUCUGAAGCGAGCUGAACUAGAGAUUGGGCCCAGCUUGGCAGCGCAGUUUCAGGAGAGCCAGGAUACAAACCAUCCCAGUCUCUGUUCCCGCAAAGGAGAAGCUAAACCAUUUUUUAUUUGCCCAUUCUAAGUGCUAAGUGAUGUGCAACUGCUUCACAUAAGCCUUCCAGCCUUCCAGCCAACUCUGCUUUCAGGAGAUAUCCUUAUGUCCCUUUUGCAUGGCUUAGGAGAGUGAAGCACGUGAGAAUUGAAUGAGGGGUCAAGGGUCACACAACAUAUGAGCAUGAAACCGGGACUCUCCUGGGGUAUCAGACCCCAAAGCCAGUGGUCUUCGCUUGAUCUUUGCUAACGUCCGAGAAGCAAUAAGUCCAGUGCUCUUGACACAUUAUUGUGCAUUUUACUUUGGGAGGGACUGUGGGUCCACUCUGCUUUUAACGGGAGGAAAUUAAAUAUUUACAUUUGAUUCCAGUUUGGCCCCAUGACUGUCCGGCUUGUUUCCUGUCAAAGGCCCAAAUUCCCUGUUUUAAAGUAGAGGGUGAAUUUGUGUAAUGAGGAUGGAUCGGGCACGUGUAGAACACACUCUUUCACCUGCAGAUUCACACUCCAAACACAAAGAAAUACUGGAUCAUAUAUGGUAUAUUUUAAAAGAUGCCAUAGGCAUACUUAAAAAGCACAACAGAAUUCUAUUUUCUCAUGUCAGAGGGCAGAAUCUUAUGAGCUAUUGAGAUGAAAACUAUAUCUUAGGGGUUGAGAGCCUAACAUCUGCUUGGGGGUGUUGUGGCCCUUGCAGCUGUUGUGCGCAGUGCACAUUAGAACUGAGCAGCUUUAUAAAGCCAGGAACAAGGGUAGAGUCCCUGUGUCUCUGAAUAGAAACUAGCAAUGCUUAGCCUUCUGUACCAAGGAAUGCAUCACAAAAGCUAAUGCUGGGACUGGGCCUGGUGUGGGAUAGGAGUCACACAGAGGAGUCAGGACGCCAACUGUGGCUGGUGUAAGGGGCCUCAAUUCACACUGUCUUUGCUGUUUGGAAAAUCUGAGCAAGAAUUUAAGGUAAAA